AUGGCAUCGUAUUCUACAGGGUAUGUUAGCCUAUUAACAAGCCAAAUCGGUGAAUUUAGCACUCCAGGGUUUGAGAACCUCUCAGGUUCUCAAUCCAUAGACCUCGACUCAGCUGAUCUUCCAGCUUUUAGCAGCCAGUCCUCAGAGGCACCCACUGUCAAAGAGAGGAGGAAAUGGUCUCCGAAGGAGGAUGUUAUUCUCAUAAGCGCUUGGCUCAACACUAGCAAGGAUCCAAUCGUUGGGAAUAAGCAAAAGUUGGGGACUUUUUGGUCAAGGAUCCUCCAGUACUACAACUCAAGUGUUCAACAUGCUGGGUUUUCCCCUAGGGAGCUAGCAAGCGGUGAGAAUGAGAAUGAUGUGAUGAAGAGAGCACUCGACUUUUUCUUCAGUGACCAUGGUUGUAAGUUCACUAUGGAGCAUGCUUGGAGAGAGCUAAGGCAUGACCAGAAAUGGUGCUUUUUGGCUAAGCCUGGCAAUCUUGCUACACCGAAGCGGAAGACUGGUGAAGGCGAAGAGGAGGUCCCUGGUGCUAGGCCUCCGGGUAUCAAGGCUGCUAAAGCGGCUAAGAAAAAGAAAGGUGUUCAAGAGGAGUCUAAACACACAGAGAUAAAAAGUGUGCUGGAGAUGAAAGACAAACUGAACAAGCAGAAGUUGCUUGAGAAGUUGCUUGAGAAGCGUGACCCUCUUUCAGAAAUGGAAGAGUCACUUAAACUUAAACUGAUGUCUGAAAUGUUAGGAUAA